AUGCCAUCCCCACUGGGCCCCCCACGCCUGCCCUCUGUGGACCCUGUGGCCACUCUGGAGGAGCCCGAGGCAGCACGCCUGCGUUUCCGGGGAUUCUGCUACCAGGAGGUGGCAGGUCCCCGUGAGGCCCUGGCGCGGCUGCGAGAACUGUGCCGCCAGUGGCUGCGGCCGGAGGCAUGCUCCAAGGAGCAGAUGCUGGAGCUGCUGGUGCUGGAGCAGUUCCUGGGCACGCUGCCCCCUGAGAUCCAGGCCUGGGUGCGGGGCCAGCGGCCAGGCAGCCCUGAGGAGGCUGUAGCCCUGGUCGAGGGCCUACAGCAUAACCCUGGGCAGCUGCUGGGCUGGAUCACAGCCCAUGUCUUGAAGCAAGUGGUGCUCCCAGCGGCACAGAAGAUAGAGGAGUCCUUGGGGAGACCCCAGCCUUCAGGGACAGUGGAACUUCUCAGGGCAACCUCUGGGGAGGAGCCACAGGACACCCAGAUGGAGGGGUCUCCCCAGCUCAGCUGCAGUGUGAAGGAGGAGCCUGAUGCUGAUGGGCAGGAGAUGGCACCUUCCAGCCCCCCACAUCCAUCCCAGUCCCGCGAGGGGUACCCAGGACACCGGGAACCAGCCGCCACCUCCUUCCACCCACCCAGGAUUCAGGAGGAGUGGGGGCUACUGGACCGGUCACAGAAGGAACUGUACUGGGACGCGAUGCUGGAGAAGUAUGGCACGGUGGUCUCCCUGGGGUUACCGGCCCCCUUGCCAGAGGCACGGGUUGAGUCGGAGCCAGGGGUACUGCGCUUGGGGACAGAGGGUCAAAGAAGCCUCCACCCGGGUGAUCACUGUGAGGGUCCACCCCGCUGCCCAGAGGCCCAGCCACCCCAGGGCCCCAGGCCUGUCACCUGGGAGGGCCCAUCUGGGGCCUCCGUCUCCACCAGGGCUACACCGGGAGCAGGGCUGGAGGCCGGCACCCCGCGGAGGAAGCCUUACACCUGUGAGCUGUGCGGCCGAGGCUUUGAUUGGAAAUCGGUGUUUGUCAUCCACCACCGGACGCAUGCGGAUGGGCAGGCCACGCGGGCCCCGGUGCUGGCUGUUGGGGGUGCUCAGAAGCUGCCACCAGGUUCCCGGGAGCCGGGCACACCACGCCACCCCCGGCGUGCACUCCCAGGCCCCCGGAGCUAUGCGUGUGAGGAAUGUGGGCGCAGCUUCAGCUGGAAGUCUCAAUUGGUCAUCCACCGCAAGAGCCACGCAGGCCAGCGGCGCCACUUCUGUGGCGACUGUGGCCGCAGCUUCGACUGGAAGUCCCAGCUGGUCAUCCACAGGAAGAGCCACCGGCCGGAGGCCCCAUGA